UGUGGUUUACUCCACCACAAACUUAGGUGAACCGAAUGCGUCCUCCCAUCUAAUUUUACAUCACCGUUGGUCACAUGUUCAUGCAUAUGUUUUAGGGUGUGAUUAACUCACAGUCUACUGAGAACUAAGUAGUUAUUAGUACAAUGGUGUCAUCAAACCUCAGGUGCAACCGAUUACUACGGAUCACAACGCAAAUCUUACAUUUUGAAGUUAUUUUUCGUAAUUGCAACUUCACUUGUAACGACAUUUUUUUGUUGCAUCCCUAAUUGCAACUGAAAGAAUUCUGAGCUUCAGCCCAACUUACUACUUAAGUGCACAUAUAUAUCACGAUGCAAAUCCGACAUUGCAGUCUAGUGAACACUAGGUUAAUUCUCAUUCUACCGAAAACUAGCAAUUCCCUGUGUUUUAUGUUACUGUUGCAUCACCAUUGGAGUAGUUGGCAGUGUACACUAGCUGAAAAUAUCACUUUCCACCUGCAGGCAGCCGAGGAUCCGGGCAAACGCCGAUGGGCUGGGACGCGCGCGCGGGGGCGGCGCUGUGCGCGGCGCGUGGGAUGGCGCACCUGCACGCGGCACACGGCCUUGUCCAUGGCAACGUCAAGUCCUCAAACCUUUUGCUCCGGCACGGCGGCGACCCUGACAAUGCCGCCGCGCUCUCCGACUACUCCCUGCAGCACCUCUUCGCCCCGCUGCCACCGUCCGCGCGUGCCGGUGGAUACCACGCGCCCGAGCUGGUGGACCCGCGUCGGCCCACGUUCAGCUCGGACGUGUACUCCCUUGGGGUGCUCUUCCUCGAGAUCCUCACCGGCAAGUGCCCAGCUUCGGGGACGGCCGGCGUCGACGGCGGUGGCGCCGCGUUGGACCUGCCUCGGUGGGUGCAGUCGGUGGUGCGGGAGGAGUGGACGGCGGAGGUGUUCGACCAGGAGCUGGUGCGGUUGGGAGGCGGCGCGGAGGAGGAGAUGGUGGCGCUGCUGCAGGUGGCCAUGGCGUGCGCAGGGACCUCACCUGAUGCGCGGCCGGAGGCGACGGAGGUGCUGAAGAGGGUCGAGGAGAUCGGCGGAGGUCGGCACGGGCGGGCCACGACGGAGGAGGAGGGGUCGUGGGGCACGCCGACUGGUGCGUCACCGUGACUCAUCUACCGGGACAUAAACACACGCGCAAUGUAAUGAAGGCAGCACAGCACAACAAAUGUACUGAAUGCAUUCGCAAAAAAACAUGUCAUGGUAAAAU